AUGGGCAAGUUACAUUUGAAGCGUACGCCGGAGGAAGAGGCCGAACGCCAGCGACGUAAAAAACGAAGAAAAGAACAUAGAAAGUCUGAGAGUCGGAACUAUCCUGAGCCAUCGUCUACUCAACCCAACGUCUCGUCGACUGCACGCAAAUGGGCUAGCGACGACGAAGACCAUGACACAGACGUGUAUGGGCCAACGCCACCUCCUUCAGCCAACGCCCCCACACUCAAGGGAAAUGCCGAUACCGGGUACCAUAGCUCCAAACCCGACUAUGAUGCCAUUCGCGCCGAACUCGAGGAGCAGAGGUUCAGAGAAAGGCUGUUUGGCGCGUACGAUGACGACGAACGACUUGAUUCUUUAGAAGCGCGUCUUAACGACUACGCACACGUACCGGAUAGAUGGCACAGCGAGCCGGCUAGAAAGCAUAGACGACUUGGGCCUGAUGACGAAGACGAGUUCCUCCAAACGGACCCGCAGCAUCUGGACGAUGAAGAGUAUGCCGAGUGGAUUCGGCUUGGGAUGUACAGGAAAACACAUCGAGAUGAGUAUGAAGAACAACAGCGGGAGAAAGCAAGGAAGAAGGAGAGGAAGAAAGAGAAGGCUGCUAAGGAGGAGGCCAAGAGGUUAGAGAAGGCCAUGGAAGAGGACAGAAAGCGCAGGAGGGAAGAAAAGGAGAACAUGCGAUGGGGGGCGGCGAAGGAGGUAUACGAAAGCAGGUGGACAGAGUUGCUGAGAAGAGAUGCAAUGGCGCCGGAACCGAUUGCGAGUAGCGGAAAGGAUGUCGACGAAGAAGGCUGGAUAGGCACGAAUCUACGAUUUGAGGACAUUCCUUGGCCAGUCCUAGCAGCCUACCCAAAAAUCAAGAAGCGGCGUCGCGAGGCAGAAGCUAGUGGAUCAGUGGGCGCUCUGUCAUUAGAUGACUUCACCUCAGACGCCAUUUCGCGCUUCGUGCUCACCUCCACUCCAACUACGGGUCCAAGCCCCGCCUCUGAUACGGAGCAAGAUAAGAAGGAACGCAGAGAGAAGCUGCGUGACGCCAUGCUGCGCUUCCAUCCAGACAAGUUUGAGGGGAGGGUAAUGAGUCGUGUCAGAGAAGGUGAUAAAGAAAGAUCAAUUGACGGUCGCCCCCUGCUGAGGCCCACAAGCAGCUAG